CAUCCAAAAUAAGUCGCCGAGUGUUUAUUUUAUUUAUAACCUACAAACUUUAGAAUUUUCAUUUACUUUGCAUUUUUCUCUUGAAUUUUAAAAUGUUUUCGGUAUCAAACUUUUGCAAGACAUCAUCGAUAUUAUUGCGCUUUGAAAGAUAUAGACAUAAAACUCACUGGGCAAAACUGAAAAGGAAAACGAGCCCAAAACAUAAGGCUAUGAACCACUUUGAUGAGUUCUACAGCUCAGUGUUCGGCAAGCAGUGGGUCCCCAUGAAAGAAGCUUUACAGCGCCGGUCGAAGUAUGUGGCUGUAGUCAAUAACUACGGAGAUACUGAGGAAACUAUCGAGCUACUACAUAGCCGAGGUGCACACUGUCUAAAACAGCUGAUGUCGGUGCAGCAAGAGUUCCACACACAAUACAAACCAGCCGAGUCCAACACAAAAGAGAACUCAAACACAAGAAUGGAAGACUUCACGUCUCGACUCCAAACUGACGAAAUAUCUAGCAUAUACCCGCAGGGUGACCAGAUUCCUGAAAGACUACAGACUAAAGACAUGACACUGCAGAGAGAUAGUGAUGUGCUUGUGGAAGCGGAACAAAAGACUGAAGUGCGAGCACAAACCCUGGAGCAGUCCCUAGCACAAGCAGAGAUAGACACAUCCCGCAUCAUAGACCCGAGUAUGGGUGUGACAGCCGAGUCUCUGUACCAGUACAUACCGGCCACACAGCUCAAGGGCAUGGACGAGUGGAUCCCGGAGUCACUGUACUACUCUUAUUAUAAUAAAAGCAAGGACUUUCCACUGACGAUAGAGCCAGAGACAGAGUUCACAUUCCCUGAAAACCUGAAAGUGUACACAUAUGAAAAGGACAGUGAUUACUCGGACUUUCCACAACCUAAAAGAUGCUCCACAGGUGUGUUCAACUACUACCCGUUAGACUGCGGCAGCGUGCUCUCGGUCCUAGCUCUAUGCCUGUCCCCGUCAGACCGCGUGUUGGACCUGUGCGGCGCGCCGGGCGGCAAAGCUCUACUGGCGUUGCAGACCCUACUGCCCUCGAGACUCGUUGCUAAUGAUAGCUCGAUGUCUAGGACUAAUAGAAUUAAAAGGAUAUUCAAGGACUACCUGAUCGACUUCGACACCAACAACAAGUGGAGUGAGCAAGUGACGAUAUCGACAAAGGACGGAAGAAUAUACACUGACGACUUGGGUUUUGACAAGAUUUUAGUGGACGCGCCGUGCACGACAGACCGUCACUCCAUCACAGAGGACGACAACAACUUGUUCCGCGCCGACCGCGUCAAGGAGAGGCUCAGGAUACCCGAGCUGCAGGCCGCUCUACUCAUAAACGCCCUGCGCCUAGUCAAAGUCGGUGGCGCAGUGGUCUACUCUACGUGCACGCUCAGCCCCAUACAGAACGACGGCGUGGUGCACAUGGCGCUGAAAGCAGCUUUCGAGACACACGGGAUCAUUGCACAUGUCAGGGACCUCACAGCUCCCCUCUCCUGCCUCUCGACCACUCUGAACCUGGGCGCGGGCGCGAGCAAGCCCAAGUACGGACAGCUGGUCGUCCCGUCUGUUGGAGCUAACUUCGGACCGACCUACUUCACAAGGCUUGUGAGAGUUAAGUGAUUGAUAGUUUUAAUUGUGUGAAGAGGUUAGUAUGUUGAAUGAAUUUGUGAAAAUAACUUGAAGUUGAGGUAUGAAUGUUGAUUUAUCUGACGCCAUACCUGUAUUCACGUACUUACUUACAUAUAUUAUGUAUGGUCAUGUGAAGA